AUGGCGGCCGCCCAGAGCAAGAAGAGAAAGGCAAGCAUAAUCUGUCAUUAUCGAAUUAUAUGGCGUCAGAUUCAUUCGUGCUCUUGUUGUUGAAGCGGUUCCGGUCAGCUGUUGUCAAUUUUGAUAUCGUUGCGUUCUAUCGUUUGUGUAGUUCGUCGCCGAUGGGGUUUUUUUCGCGGAGCUGAACGAGGUACUGACCAGAGAGCUGGCUGAGGAUGGCUACUCCGGGGUCGAGGUGAGGGUUACCCCCAUGCGGACGGAGAUCAUCAUUCGCGCCACUCGCACUCAGAAUGUGCUAGGUGUGUCUCCAGCCAUGGAUUUCAUAUUCUCAUCCUGCGGAGAAUUAGGGAUCUAAAGCUCCUAUCUCUAUUAUUCUGCUUUGCAAUUUUCCAGGGGAGAAGGGGAGAAGAAUCAGGGAGUUGACGUCAGUAGUGCAGAAAAGGUUCAAGUUCCCGGAGAAUGGGGUGGAGCUCUACGCUGAAAAGGUCAACAACAGAGGUCUGUGCGCCAUCGCCCAGGCCGAAUCCCUCCGCUAUAAGCUCCUUGGCGGUCUUGCUGUUCGAAGGUAUAUUCUUUCUGACCGUACUAGAUGUGAAACUCUGCACUCUCUUUCAUCUUCUCGUGUCUUCUUUCGAUUCAUUUGAUGAUCUAACUGAUUAUGGGGUGCUGAGAAUUUGCACUUUUUUAAUCCCUCUCUGAUUACCAGUCCGUUUGUUUGUCGUCGUUUCAUUGGCAUGACACUUCUCAAGAAAUUUACAAUCUCUUGCCUCUGCGGACAAAGGCUCUCUAAGGCUUCCCACGCGUCUUGUUUUAUUUUUUUGCUCGUCAUCUUUACAUCUGAUUUGCAGUUUAUUGUGUUCCGCGUCUGAAGGUGACUACAGUAUCUAAUUGCCCUUCCAUCUGAAUUAUUAAAUGUAGUGAAAUCCUGCCUUUUUUCUGUGUCUAAAUUCAUUGAAUGGAAAUUCAGUUGAUUUGUUAGAAUUUUAUGUUUUUUGAAUCUUUUGUUUUAUCGAUUGAUAUUCUGGCUUAAUCAUGACUUGUGUCAUUAAUAAUCCUUCAAUAAAGUUAGCAUUUGAACGUUGUGAUUAAACUGAAGGGUUAAAUGGAAGCCAAAAAAAGAGUGUAUGGCAUUGAUCUAGGUAUUGAAAAAUGAUAUAAACGUUGGGUUCAGGUUUAAUGAUGCUAGUAACGAGCUUCUCUUUAUGGUACACUAGUCCGAUGAUCAACCAUUUUUACGGUUCAGAAUUGUUAUUUUUUUGCAUUCCUUAUGAAUACGGAAUGAAGGUUUUUUAUGGAUCUUUGGAUGUGGUAUCUUAUUUCGGCGAAGCCUCACUCCAAACUCCAUAAAAUAUUCAUUUAGAACUCCAUACCCGGGAGGUGAACCUGAGAGAGGAACACCAAUCCGAACAAGUAGGGUCAAUAGUUUAGCAUUUAGGCCGUGUUUUUUUAUUUAUUCCGUCUUCUGUGUUAGAUUUGGACAUCAUCUAUGUCAUUCGUUUUUGUUCUGUCACUUGGAAGAGUAGUAUUUGGACUGCUAUUUUUUCGAUUUGUCUUAUAUCCAGUCCAGUUUUGCCUUCUCGUUUUUCUUGAUGUACUGGGCACGUUAUUGCUGUAUAUGUUCACAUAGGCUAUUUUUUACUGUUCUGGUACUGGUAUUUUAGCACUUGACGUCAUCUUUACAGCAAAUAGGUUUGUUUAGUACCAACUUUGUGUCGGAAGAUGACUAGAUCAAGAUUUUCGUCCAAGUGUAUGUUGAUUGCGAUUUUCUAAGCCUUUGCUCGCAGUCACUCUCUGGCCGCAUCUACAAUUUCUGAUCUUGUUCCUUUCGAACUGUCGUUGGAAGAUUGAUAUAUCCCAUUGGUCAUCUAUAAAGCAAUCAGGUCAUUCAUAGUACCCACUUUGUGUCGGAAGAUGACUAGAUCCAUAUUUUCGUCCAAGUUUGUGAUGGUUGCGCUCUUCCAGCCCUUUGGUUGCAAUCACUGCUUGGCCGUAUUUACAUUUUCAGUUAGUAUUCUUCAAGAACUGUCGUUUGAUGAUUUAGUUAUCCCAUUGGUCAUCUACAAAGCAAAUUAGGUCAUUCACUACCAACUUUGUGUCGGAAGAUGACUAAAUCAACCUGGCCACUCAAGCUUCUUCUGGAUUGCUCACUUCUAGCUCUCAUAUCGCGAUCACUGCUCGGGUGCAUCCACAUUCCGAUGAAUUGCCGAUGGAUCAGUUUUUUUGUUUUUGGUUUGACGCAAAGCUCUACCUUUUAUGAUUUACUUCUCCUGUAAAGUUGACUUCCAUUGAAUUCUUGAUCCGUGUUUACUUCGAAAUGAAUAGGAAGAACAUCUGGGUUGCAUGAUUUAGUUAUUCCUUUGGUCAUCUAUAAAGCAAAUAAGGUAAUUGACAGUACCAAGUUUGUGUCGGAAGAUGACUAGAUCAAUGUGACCUCCCAAGCUCAUUUGGGUUCAUCACUUCCAGCUCUCAUGUUGAAAUCUCUGCUCGGGUGCAUCCACACUCCGCUGACGCGAUCUUCUAUGAGCUCGAAACAAAUCGCUGAUUGACUUUUUUUUGCAAAGCUGACUUCCAAUUGUUCUGACUUCCAAAUGAAUAUGAAGAACUUCUGGGUAGUGAGUGUCGGUUAUUUCUUCGCCCCAGCUUGCCUUUUUGGGUUGGUGGCAUCCUUGUUGAUGCUCAUAGAGAAAGUCAAUGGAGCCUGUCAGGCUUCUGCACGACGAACACGUGCCUGGAGUUUGGAACCUGCUCCGACAUUGUUCUAUCUUCAUUCAAUUACAUCAUGUAUUGUUUUCCACUGGAUUUUUUAGACUUUUUUUUUAUCUGAUAAUCUUCCCGAUUUGGAUUCCUUCCUAUUUUGGAUCAUGAUCUCCGAUUCGUCUUGUUCCAGGGCAUGCUAUGGUGUGUUGAGGUUCGUCAUGGAGAGUGGGGCCAAGGGAUGCGAGGUAAUGCUAACCCCAGCUCAUCAGUUGACUUCGGCAACAUCUUGUUCUAGUGCCUUUCUUUAACCACUCUAGCAUGUUCUCAGGUGAUUGUGAGUGGAAAGCUGAGGGCACAGCGUGCCAAGUCCAUGAAGUUCAAGGACGGGUACAUGAUCUCCUCCGGUCAGCCCGUUAAUGAGUACAUUGACUCGGCUGUCAGGCAUGUUCUUCUGCGACAGGUACGUUGACUUUUGCCCAUUGACUUUACGCUUCACCCUAUUUAAAUCUAGCAUGAGCUAUCUUAUGCUCGUUGACCAUCCCAAUCAGCUAUCGUGCUCAAUAAUCCUUGAGACUACCAGACAGAAACUCGGAAGAGUAUGAAGUGCUGGCUAAACAAAGAAACUUCUUUGAACUGAUUUUGAUCGGAGAAUCGACUGGGUUUUUUUGGAGCAGGGUGUUCUUGGGAUCAAGGUGAAGAUCAUGUUGGACUGGGAUCCAAAGGGAAAGCAGGGGCCCACCACGCCGCUGCCAGAUCUGGUGACCAUCCACACCCCCAAGGACGAGGACGAGUUGCUCAGGCCGCCGCCGCUGCCCCUGCCUCCCCUCGCCACCGCCGCCGACGUGGAAGUCCCCGGCCCCAUCGCCUGA